AUGGUCGCCAUGAAUAGCAAGGUGCAGGAGGAUCAGGUGCCCUCGGACCGCGUGCCGCACCUGCCGUGGAUGCGGUACACUGUCGACAUCGACUCCUUCUCCGGCUGCCCCGUCACGAGCCUCCCCCGCCUCGACGCCAGAUUGGCAGAGGCGGUGCAGAGAAUGGAAAUCGAAGCCUUUUUCCCAGUUCAGGUAGCAACCUGGCUAGAAACAAUCGGCCCUGGUGCUUUCCAUAGGGACAUCUGUAUCAACUCCCCAACUGGAUCCGGCAAAACUCUUGCUUAUGCUUUGCCUAUUGUGCAAAUGCUCUCCACUCGGAAAGUAAGGUGCUUGCGUGCUUUGGUCGUCCUACCUACACGGGAUUUAGCAUUGCAGGUUAAAGAGGUUUUUGAUGCUAUUGCUCCUGCGGUGGGAUUGUCAGUAGCUUCAGCAGUUGGUCAAUCUUCCAUAGAGGAUGAAAUCUCACUUCUUAUCAGGAAGUCCAAACAAGGGCUUUACCCAACUCUUGAUGAAGAAUUUGUGGAAAUGGAACCACAGACUCAUGUUGAUAUAUUGGUGGCUACUCCUGGAAGAUUGAUGGAUCAUAUUAACAUGACAAAAGGUUUUAGUCUGGAGCAUCUUCAGUACCUGGCUGUUGAUGAGACGGACAGGAUGUUAAGAGAGGCAUAUCACUCCUGGUUGCCAACAGUUAUCCAGUUUACCCGCUCCACUAAUCAAGAUCAUCUCUGGCUUGACACUGCUGGAAAAACUCUAAUACAUCCAUUCACUACCAUUAGAAGAUCGGGUGUCGAGCGACGGUUUAAAGGUAAAUGCUUUCCAAGACCGGCGAAGAUAGUUUGUUCUACUACACUGACUCAAGAUCCUAGCAAACUUUCUCAACUUGAGUUGCAUCAUCCCUUGCUGAUAUGGGGUGCCAGCACCCGGCUGCACUAUUGGAAUUGCUCUUACAGAAUUCCUACAAAGCUGGAGUCGUACAAGCUGGUCUGCACAUCAAACUUAAAACCACUGUGUCUCAUUGUUCUUCUCCAAGAGUUGCGUGGGGAGAAGUGCUUGGUUUUUACUUCAUCUGUAGAAUCAAGCAAUAGACUAAGCACUUUACUUGGAUUAUUCGAAGACUUGCCCUUUAAGUUUAGUGAAUUGUCACGUUUGCAGCGUGAAAAUGCUCGAAGGAAGACAUUGGCAGCCUUCAAGGAAGGGAAAAUAGAUGUUCUCAUCGGCACAGAUAUAAUGGCUCGAGGAAUACAUAUCGAUGGUUUAAAAUAUGUUAUCAACUAUGAUAUGCCACCGUAUGUGAAAACGUAUAUCCACCGAGCAGGUCGUACUGCUAGGGCAGGCGAAUCUGGUUCUUGCUUCACCUUUUUAAGGAAACAUGAGGUCAAAACUUUCAACAAAAUGCUCAAGAAGGCAGAUGAUUCUAGCUGCAGCCUUCUCUCACUACCCGAGAAAUCAAUUGAAAGCCUUCGCCCAACGUUUUCUAUUGCUCUAAAGAAACUGGAAGACUGUCUGCAACCAGAAGUAUCGAUGAAAUCCAAGUCAGGCGAUAAAAAGGCAGGUGGUUCUAAAAGAAAGAGAACCCGACCAGAUGUGAAGUAACGUAU